UUGAAUUUAAAAUCACAUAGCUUGUGUUUUUAAUUAUUUUAAAUAAUUAAGCUAAUAUCUAAUAAUGACAAUUGAUUUGUAUUUUAACCGAUACAGUGGUCCAGUGCGGGCUGUUUGGAUGACAGUCAGGCAAUUAAAACUUGAUGUUAACUUCAAGCCAGUUGACCUAGCUGUCAGUGAACAAUUGAAACCAGAGUUUCUCGCUUUAAACCCCUUUCAUACUGUGCCCACUUUGGUUGACGACGGGUUCGCUCUAUGGGAGAGUCGGGCAAUAAUGCAAUACCUGUGCAACCGAUACGCGCCGGACAGCACUCUCUACCCGAAGGACCCGAAACAGCGCGCUUUAGUCGACAGGUCUCUUAACUUUGACUUAACAUUGUUGAACCAAAUUGAAGAAGUUGUGUUUACACCCAUAUUUUCGGGAGCCCCACCUUCGGCAGACAAAGUGACCGCGUUAAAUAAUAGUUUCAAAAAUUUGGACCAGGUGCUAAUAAAGCAAAAUAAGUACCUCGUUGGCGACCAGUUGACCCUGGCAGAUUUGUCACUACUGGCGUAUUGGGUAUAUCUGGAAAAAUCUAACACAGAUGUCAGUGCGUACCCCAACUUCCAGCGAUGGGUGGCCGGCCUUAAGGCAGAGCUACCCUAUUAUAAUGAGGUUAACGGUAUAUCGCAGGCCGAGUGGGACCAGGAAAUGGCCAGAUAUUUGGCUAGCAUUGCCAAAUAAUAUUUUUAAAAUCCUGUAUUAAUAUGAGAAAAUUACUAUAUUUUUCUGUAUUACAAUUUAUAUUUGAAA